AUGGCUCCUGCCAAAGCUAAUGGAAGAGGCGUUCAGGUGGAGGACACACGCAUCUGCGUGGUAAUGGUUGGCUUGCCGGCCCGAGGCAAAAGCUACAUCGCACAAAAGGCUCAAAGGUACCUACAAUGGCUGUCAGUACCGUCACAGACCUUCAACGUCGGCAACUACCGCCGCAAGGCCGCAGCACAGCCCACAGCCGACUUUUUCGACAUUGGAAAUUCCGAGGGCGAACGUCAGAGGAAAGCCGCCGCUGAGGCUGCCGUCGCAGAUAUGUUGAAGUGGUUCCGCGACGAGAAAGGAGUCGUUGCCAUAUUAGAUGCCACGAAUUCCACCAAGGAACGUCGCAAGUGGAUACUGGAGAUCUGCACCAACGCCGGGAUCGAGGUCAUAUACGUCGAGUCCAAGUGCGACGACGAGGAAUUGAUCAUGGCAAAUAUAAGAGACGUCAAGACAACCAGCCCCGACUACAAAGGCCAAGAUCCAGAGCAAGCUGCCAUCGACUUCAGGGGCCGCAUUCGAAAUUACGAGAAGGUCUACAAGUCGGUCAACGAGGACGGGGACGAGGACCACCUAACGUACCUGAAAAUCCUCGACGUUGGGAAGCAGGUCAUCAUCAACCGGAUCCAGGACUACCUGCAGAGUCGCGUUGUCUAUUACCUCAUGAACUUGCAUAUUCGACCUCGGUCGGUCUGGCUAUCACGACACGGCGAGUCCGAGUACAAUCUCGACGGGAGAAUUGGAGGAGAUGCAUUACUCUCUCCACGCGGGGAACAAUAUGCGCGCAAACUUCCCGAUUUGGAUGAUCGUCCACUCACCGUCUGGACGUCAACCCUGAGACGGACUAUCGCAACAGCGCGCCAUCUGCCUAAGCACUACAACCAGCUCCAAUGGAAGGCACUGGACGAGCUGGACGCGGGUGUAUGCGACGGGAUGACGUACCAGGAGAUCAAGGACCAGUACCCGGAGGACUUCGAGGCGCGCGACGAGGACAAGUACAACUACCGGUACAGAGGCGGCGAAUCAUACCGUGACGUGGUCAUCCGGCUAGAGCCCAUCAUCAUGGAGCUGGAGCGGUCCGAGGAUAUCCUGAUUGUUACGCACCAGGCGGUGCUCCGCUGCAUAUACGCCUAUUUUAUGAAGAGGGACCAGGAGAAGAGCCCGUGGAUGCACGUGCCAUUACACACGCUCAUCAAGCUCACGCCCCGCGCGUACGGAACGGACGAGCAGCGGUGGGACGCGAAGAUCGCUGCGGUCAGCACGUGGAGAGGAAAGGGCAGCACAGCUAAGCACGAGGAGCCUGUGCCGUCCGCCAUGCAUUGA